UCACAGUGUGGGUGUACCGUGAAGGCAAGAAGGCUGGGAUAGGAAAGGUAGCACCCGUGCUGUCCUCCCACCACAGCACCGCCUGCCCGUGGCCGUCGCUCCUCCGUCGCCGCUUGUGGCUCUCCCUCUCGUGGACACGCGCGACAGCGUGGGGGGCAGCCGCGUGUUGUCGAAGGCCGUGAACUUGUCGACCCACUUGGCGUCGCGGUGGCUCCCGGGCUUUGAUUUCGAUGUUGGGACAGGCGCGUGUUGCUGUCGUUGGGUGGAUGCCUGGCUGGGCGCGUCUUGGAUGGCCUCGUAAGUGUUGAGGGAUGCCGCCGGCCGAUACACGCUGCACACACAUGCGCACAUGGUGGAAACAACCACCACGGAACGGAGAAACAAUGCGUGUGGUGUGUCUGUAACCGUCGUGUGAUGUUCGUUCUCACGUGUGUAAGGCUUGUUGUCUGUCGAUAGGCGACAUGAGCUUCCGAUACAAAUCGGGCGUCUCGCACGGUCGCACGAGGAGCGGCGAGGCCGACUGGCAGGGGACGCUGUAGUGGGACUUGUGGUGGCUGCCGUCCACCACUGGCUGCGGCCGGUCUCUGUCUCUGCGCGGGCUUCCGCUUCUCGGCGACAUUGCACUCGUGCUGCUGUCCGGCUGCAUCUGGCGGCAGAAGAAGCCGAAAAGGGGAUCUGUCUUGGCGGGCGCAAAGAAGACCGCCCGGCGAUCCUUGAGAUGGACACACAGGGCACUGCAGUGGUCUGGAUGAGGCAGAGACAGGGUUCUUUUGUCGCUUACAGGCGUGAGCAUUUCUGCUGCUGAUAUUCUUGAGGCUGUCCUCUCGAAGCGAGGCGACACCAUGGGGGAAGACAGCAGGGACUCGGCGGUGGUCUUGCUCACUGCCAUAGCGCCAAACAGACACCUCUUCGCUAUCUGCAUGAACCAUUGUGCUGUGUGUCAAUUAAUUCGUCUUACGUGUGUGCGGCGUGACAAGUGGGGGGAGGGCGGCAUCUGGAGGUCGUUUGGGCUUCACCUCUGCCCUUCGAUCUGCUGCCCUUGUGUCAAGUUGCUGGAAGCCAGCAGCUACUGCGCCAGUGGACCGCCUGGUCGCAGGCGAGAAGCCCCCAUGGAAGGUCCUGGGCGCGCGUGUCACCCUACUCCCUCCCCUUUCUCUCCUGCGCCCCCCCUGUGUGUGGGUGGGCUCUUCCCUCGCUGUUGCUGGCACCUGCAAAGGGACAAACAUAUGAGAAAAUGGGUGGAGCAAAUGGGCCAGAUCACAUGGGGUGCCGCAUUUGUUUACCUGCGGUGUUGUGACUGCCUGGAGGGAGGCGCGUCUGGCACGGCGGGGGUGCCGCUGAGCUGCUGCUGGUGCUGGUGGUUGUGGGGGUGCGAGUGCUGGCGGUAGUGGGGGCGGGUGUUGGUUGUCAAGUCUCUCUGCCUGCUGUUGCUCCUGCUGCUUCUUGCGAUACUCUCUGGCUAUCUUGCUGGACGCCCGGGAACUCUCCGUCUCGCCUGACGACACCUCGUACCUAAACCACACGAUGACCGGCAGCAAUAGUCACCGCCGAUCGAAGAUACAUUUUCUGUGUCCGCUCACUGUAUGCUUGAGAGAGGCGUGGACACGUCCGAUUCGCUGCGGGGUGAGUGGGGGUGUGGGGUGAAGGACGUGGUGGGGAUGGGCAGCCGAGGAGACCUGUGGCGUCGCCUCGGUGGUCCCGCACCGUCACCGCCCCUCAUCGGGCGCAGCGGCCGAUCACCUGCAUACCGACACACUGCAAUGUCUGUCUCAUCGGGAGCGGAAGAUGCGCGCGUAGUUUUUGGCAUCACCUGGUGGCGAGAUGACGAUGGGCCGCCGCAUCUCGACACCAGCACCCGCUGGCUCUUCGUCAGCGCGUGCAGGGGGCAUUGCUUCAUCCAUGUCAAAGGCAGCUGCCACUUCAGUGAGGAAUACGGGUGGUGGGGCUGGAGUCUCGUCAGGUGGAAGGAGCGGCUCUUCCGUGGGAGGAUACACCGGCUCACCGGGGGCCUCUUCGUCUUCUUGUGCGAUCACAUCUGCUGAUUGCUCUUCUUUGACGAGCUCUUCCUGCUGAUCGACAGACGGCUCCUCUGCUUGUGCCUCUGCGUAGACCACUUCUGUGAUGUCGUCUUGCUCCACUGCUGGCGCUACGGCUGCUGUGGGGGAUGGGAGAUGCCUCUCUGUCUCCGCUGCAGUCUCCUUCCCCUCCCGGACCGGUGCUGACUGUGGCGGCUCUCCUCGGAUGGCUUCUGCAGCUGGUUCACCAGCUUCUUCCUUUUCCUCCCCUCCUUGUUGUGGCAUUUCCAUGAGCCAUACCUGUGGCCGCUCCUCCGGAAUGCCCAUUCCCACAAUGCUUGUGCUGUCAAAACACACACAUACAGGCAGGUGCAUAGCAUAGCAUCGGGCCCGCGUGUAUGUAUGUAUACCGUGUUUGCUGUUGCUGUAGCUCAGUGAGCCAUGGUUUGUGAUGCCAAUCCUCCUGCAGCAAUAAAGACAGACAGACAGACAGACAGAAACAAGAAGAAGCGCCUGGAAGAAGUGGCAAAGAGGGGUGCUCUCCUUCUCCUUGCAUCCCUGUCGGACCUCGUGCGGCGAUGUGGGCCGGGGUGUGAGGCUGGAUGACCGACGUGCCGGGGCGGGGGAGGCCCGCCCGGCACUCAUCGUCACCACAGCCACUGGCAGGUCGAUGUCAACGUCAUCACCCGCCCCUGUCUCCCCCUCAUCAAGUGGCAGUGACAUCACCGCAAUGCUCACGCUCGGCCUCUCCUCUUCCCUCUCUGUCCUUUGUGGUGCGAUCAGGGAGUCUUGCGAGGCACAGGAGUCGCCUUUUACGAUAGACGGCCGGCUGGCGUAGUGGCUGCCUGUCUCAUCCGUGUCACCAUUUGCUGCGGGGGCCAAAGCCUCACUGAGACAUGUGUCUUCGGGUUCGUGUGGGCCUGACGGAGGGAGCGUCCAGUCUGUUGGAGGGGAUAGCUCACUCUCAAAGGCCGGGAAGGAAUGCUCGGUAGCCUCUCCUUGUUCACGUUUCUCUUCCUCCUCGCUCUGUUCUUUUCGUUCGGCUUCUGGCGCUUCCUCGGCGAUUGGAGGGGCUUCUUCCUGCUCAUCUUGCGCAGCAUCGGGGAUGGGCGGAAGAGGCACGUGUGUGGCCUGGUUCUUGGCCCACUCGAUGAAAACCACACUCUGCCGAUGGGCGACCAGCCUGCGCAGCAUGCAGAGAAGACACGUGAGAUACCUGCCCAGCGACCGAAUGCCAUGCGCAUAUGUCCAUCUCUCUUGCCUUUGUCUGUGUUGCCUCCAUGUGCGUUGUAUGAAACGAGCUGCCAGCACGGGGGACUUGCUCCGGAGCUUCUGCCGCUUCACUGACUUGUUCCGCCACAAGACAACCAAACGCCGCUGCCUAAGGAGGGGAACAGCACACUAAUACUGCACGGUGCUUUUCUGUGUGCGUACCUUUCCCUCUUGCUCCUCAUGAAUCUCUGUAUCGUGAGUGCAGCCGUCUCCCGCCUCUCUCGCCAGAGAGCCAGUUUGUCCAUGGUGGUCUUGCUGGUGCGGUGCUGCAUAUGUCGCUGAGACAGAGCGCCGCGCAGCCCGAGCACCGUCAGGGCCCGCUGCCGCAGCACAGCCACGGUCUUGCGCGCGUUAUGGCACCGCACGAGCGUCUGGAUCUUGACGGCCGCAUUGUGCACCUUGGCCUGCAUGGCCCUCUCCCUCGCAGCGAGCUCCUCAUCUCUCGUUUUCUCCAUGGACGCGCAGUAGCCUGAUGAGACGGGGGAUAGGAUGGGGAAGUGGGACACGGCCAAGCGUAGUGUACGUACGUCUGAGUAUCUCAUUUUGGAGCUUAUAGAGGUAGUCGAGCGUCUGGCGGGGAUCGAGGGUGCUCCUUUCGCCUGCAUCCAAUCACACACACACACACAUCAGACAAGGAUCCACAAAUGACGGAUAUUCUGUCUUACCGUUGUCUAUGUUCCUCCAGACAGUCCUGCCGUCAUCGAGUGUGAGCGGCCCCUCCCAGCUGGUCAUGGCCUGGCCCGUCUGUGCCGCACUCUGACCGAUCAGCGUCUGAGCCUCGUCUAUCGCCGACUGAGGCGGCCUGCAUGUUAAACAAUCGACAACAGAAAUACGGAAGCCGUGUUUCAGGCGGGCUUCUCAAUUUGUGAUCGUUUCUCUCACAGCUGCGCCAGUUCGUUGAGUAUAGCGGUGAAAGUGGUGACCAGCGGAAGGAACGGGUGGUCCCAUGUGACGGGAGACACAUACAAGAUGGACCCGUCUUCAGCUGCCCUCGGCUGUUCUAGGGUCGGGUGGUAGAAGUAGGAGUUGCCCUCCGCGUCCUGUGCCUCGUACCAGCCAGGCGGCAGCGGCCUAGUGAGGGAAACAAACGAUACGUUGGCAAUAUUCGUGUAGCUCAUUCAUUACUUGUCGCGAAGGCAGGGGUAUAUCCAUUGGAAGGCGGAUGUCGACUCGACGCCCAGCUGCUGCGCAAACUCCAGCUCCUGAUACGGAAAACGUGGUAAGUGUGGCAGACCGGUGUCCGUUGCUCGCCUCUGGGGGACCCACCUGUUUCUUCUCCUCUGUGAGUGCCUCAUUCUCCUUCAUGGCCCCAGUGAGCAGCUCCUUCGCCUUUGCCGUCUGCUCAGGUGACGGCAGCACCAAAAUCUGCUUAUCUUCCUGCUGCUCAGGCACCUCGAUGGCCUCCUUCUUCUCCUCUGCAACAACAGCCUCCUGAGCCACAGCCAUGGCCUCCUGGCCAUCAGCUGCAACGGUCUGUAAGGGCUCGCUGAGUGGUGCCUCGGGCGUGAGGGAGUCUGCAGGGAGGCUGGAUAUGGCCGGGGAUUCCACCAGAACGGAAGCAGCAGCAGCUGCUGCCGGACUGGGAGACACAGCUGGGGCACUUGUUGGCGUCUCCUUCUGCUGGUCUUGAGUGGCGGUGCCCUCACCCACAUUCACGUCUGGCGGCUCCAGGUCUAUCGUCUGCUCGAUGGCAGCCGUCUUGCUGAAUCGGGGCGCCUUGUAUGUUGUGUAUGUGGCCGGAAUGAGGCCCAUUCGCCGCCGCUCCCUUGCGCCCUUGGUCUUCUCGUCCUUCUCUUCAUACACGGCGGCAUAGAACCACACGGGCGCGUCCUCACCAGCGUCAUCAUCAUCGUCCGUAACAACAUCAAUAAUCUCAAUCAUCUGUCCUUCGCCAACUUCCAGGAGGGUCUCGGGGUCGAUGUCGGGUAUCUUGAGCACCGACCUGGUGGGGAAAUCAUACAGGGAAGUCUACACACACAGAGAAUGGCGCUGAGAUGAGAUGAGAGGAGACAACAGUGCGGCGGCAUGAAUGUUUCGUACCACAAUCUCGCCCUGCAU